UCUGGUUAUACGGACGCAGAGAAGCGCUACAAUGUCUCCAUCACUUUCGACAGAUGCAAAAUAACUUCAGUUACGUGUAGUUGCGAUACAAAAGAUAUAUUUUGGUGCCAACAUGUGGUCGCACUUGCAUUAUAUCGUAUCAGGAACGCGAGUUCAGUGCUACUUCGGGUGCCAAUAUCUGAGACAUUACUCCAAUUGGAUAGACAACAGUUGCAGAAAUUACUCCAAUAUCUCAUAGCAGAACAUCACACGGAAGUGUUGCCAACCGCCCAGAAGUUAGCCGAUGAGAUACUCCAGACCCGAUCCAUCAUCAACAAGAUUGCCGGCGCACCGGACCCUACAGCCGGUGCCUGCGCUGAGGACGAGCACAGCUGGCACUUGGAUGAGGAGCAAGUGAGCGAACAGGUCCGCUCCUACCUGUCUCAGGGGGGCUAUUAUAACGCCAACAAACAGCUCAACGCACUCUUUGCCAAAGUAAAAGAAAUGCUUCGCGCGAAGGACUCGAACGGCGCCCGAAUGCUCAGACUUAUCACCGAACAGUUCCUCGCAGACCCCCGACUUCCCAUUUGGCGCUCUCAGGGAACACCUAUGACCGACAAAUGUAGACAAUUAUGGGACCAAUUGGGAGCUCUUUGGGUUUGUGUUGUUCUCAACCCUCAUAGCACUCACUCUGAGAAACACCACUGGAGAGCCCUAUUGGAGCGCUGGUCGCGACUUCACGUCUGUCCCCUCGAAGACGCAGACUUUAGGCCUCUAAGUGUCAACAGUCGGCGAAGGAUUCAAAUUUUCGACUCAUCUGACGAGGAGGAAGAGGAGGCAGAUAGGAGUCGCUCCAACUCGUCAUCGCGACUGCAUUUGGGCACCAGGAGGUCGUCCAACACUACCAAUUCAUCACUACCUCGAACUAUAUUCCAUCGGGCGCUCGAAGCCAGUCAUCUGGAGUGGGAUGACUCACACCUCAGGUUCAUUCUGGAACACGACGGCCCUGUCGUCAUCUACGAGCCCCACUCGUCCGACACUUUCAACUACCAGGGAUACCCACUUUGGAACGGUAUGUCACUCUUGCUUUUGUAUGCAUUGCACACCAUAUUUCACAAUUGA